AUGUCUAGUUACCCAUUAAAUCAAACAUCAGCUAUGCCAAAUUAUACUAAUUUAGUGCCAGCUAUAUUACAUCAUAUUUUUAUUGGUAAUAUUGAUUUAAAUAAAUAUCCAAAAUGGAUAGCUGCACGAGAAGCUUGUUUGAAAUUUCAUCCAAAUUAUGAAUAUAAAUUUUGGAAUGAUACAUUAGCUGAAAGACUUAUUCAAGAAAAAUAUCCAUGGUUUUUGGAAACAUGGAAAAAUUAUUGGUAUCCAAUACAACGUGCUGAUAGUUUACGUUAUCUUGUUCUUUAUCAUUAUGGAGGAAUUUUUCUUGACAUGGAUCUUCAUUGUCGUCGUUCAUUAGGACCUCUUCGUCGUUUUGACUUUAUUUCACCAGCUGCUUAUCCGGUUGGUAUAUCAAAUGGUUUUCUUAUGGCUUCGGCUCGUCAUCCAUUUAUGAAAGUUCUUGUUGAACAAUUACCAUUAUUUAAUCGUAAUUUUAUUUUACCUUAUGCUACAGUUAUGUUUUCAACUGGAUGUAUGUACAUAUCAGCACAGUAUUCACUGUAUAAUGAUCACUGUCAUUUAAAACUCUUAGAUUAUAAGCAGCAUCGUUUAAGUGGUCAAAUAUCAACACCAUUAUUUCAUCAUUAUGGUAGUAGUAGUUGGCAUUCUAAUGAUGCAUCAUUUAUUAAAAGAGCAGAUGAUAUUAUAAAAAAACUAUUUCAUCAUAAAGAACUAGUUUUAUUUAUUUUCUUUAUUAUUAUUAUUACAUUAAUCUUAUUUUAUCGAAGAAGAACUGUGCAAAAAAACCAAAAAGAAGAAAUUCUAUUAUUUUAA